UUCAAUAUGGGGUGUGUUCAAAGUAUUACCGAAAAAAGUGGCCAGCAGGUGUUUGACGUUGGUACUGAAAGAAACAUUAAAUUUUGGAGGCGCAUUCGUGAUGAUGCUUCAAAGGUCCUUGGUGACUUGAGUAAAACGAAAGACACUCCUCCGUCAUAUUACACGUUAGAAUAUAAAGAAUUAUUAGAGAGAUUUUUAAACCUUUACGCUUUUUACGGGGGAAAUAUUCCAAAGUAUAGAUUUUCAAUAAAUGGCGAUGCAAAUGUUGCUCCGUUCCCUUUACCUGUAUAUCUUCCCGGAACACCAUUUUCGACCAGACCUUGGAUAACAAAUUGGAUACAAUUUGAUUUGCAACUGUCCCCAGAGGGCGCUUGGCACAUGCUGCCUAAGUGUGGAUCGCCAAUACCAAUAUUAACUCCAGAGCAACUAUAUAGGUCAUGGUAUACAGUGGAAAACACUUUCCGAUGUGGUUCUUUUGACGGGGAGGCUGCAUGGGAUGUUUUACCUGUUGAUGUAAUAAAAAAUGAUACAACAACACCGGAACAGGAUAUGAUACUUCUGAAGAGAAAUAAAAGAAAAGAUGUAUAUGAUGAAGAGAGAAUGAAAAGAAGGAGACAGGAACUCAUGAAAUACUUUAUAAAGACAUAUGACACUCUAAAUUUUGAUUACGAGAAAUAUUUAAAAUUUGCACAGGCGUUAGAAGCUGGUUGGCAAAAAUUUCAACAGCUCUGUCAAAAGUGA